ACUUUGGAGAGAAAGCAUGCCGAGAUACACGGUGCAUGUCCGAGGAGAAUGGCUGGCAGUGCCGUGCCUAAACUCCACAAACACAAUUGGGUGGCUAGGAAAGGAAGCUGUGAGACGGUACAUGAAGAACAAACCUGACAACGGGGGAUUUGCCUCAGUGGAAGAAGUAAAAUUUUACAUUCGAAGGUGCAAGGGACUUGGCUUGCUGGAUCUUGAUGAUACAGUGGAGGAUGCUCUAGAGGACAAUGAAUUCGUUGAAGUUGUUAUAGAAGGAGAUAUAAUGUCUCCAGAUUUCAUACCAUCUCAGCCAGAAGGAGUUCAUUUAUACAGCAAAUACCGAGAACCAGAACAGUAUAUUUCUUUAGAUGGCAACAGCUUAACAACAGAGGACUUGGUCAAUUUAGGAAAGGGGCUCUACAAGAUAAAGCUCACACCUGAAGCUGAAGCUAGAGUCAAACAAUCACGAGAAGUGAUUGAAAGGAUUGUAAAGGAACAGACAGUUGUUUAUGGAAUCACCACGGGGUUUGGGAAGUUUGCGAGGACUGUCAUCCCAAACAAUAAGCUGAGGGAGCUUCAAGUGAACUUGGUUCGUUCGCAUUCUGCAGGUGUGGGGAAACCUUUGAGCCCAGAGAGAUCUCGCAUGCUGUUGGCACUGAGGAUCAAUGUCCUAGCAAAAGGAUACAGUGGAAUAUCCCUAGAAACGCUCCAGCAAGUUAUUGAAGCAUUUAAUGCAUCUUGCCUUCCUUAUAUCCCUGAGAAAGGGACAGUUGGAGCCAGUGGAGACUUGGCCCCCCUCUCUCAUCUUGCUCUGGGAUUAAUUGGAGAGGGAAAGAUGUGGUCCCCAAAGAGUGGCUGGGCCGAUGCUAAAUAUGUCCUGGAAGCCCAUGGUCUGAGACCAAUUACCUUGAAACCAAAAGAGGGUCUGGCUCUCAUCAAUGGGACACAAAUGAUCACCUCGCUGGGAUGCGAAGCAGUUGAAAGAGCUGGUGCUAUUGCUAGACAAGCUGACAUAAUAGCUGCCCUUACACUUGAAGUCUUGAAGGGUACCACAAGGGCCUUUGACACUGAUAUCCACGCAGUUCGCCCACAUCGAGGGCAGGCUGAAGUAGCAUUUCGAUUCAGGUCCCUUCUAGAUUCUGACCAUCAUCCAUCAGAAAUAGCAGAGAGCCAUAGAUUCUGUGACCGAGUUCAGGAUGCAUACACGAUGCGCUGUUGCCCUCAGGUCCACGGAGUUGUAAAUGAUACAAUUGCUUUUGUGAAGGACAUCAUGACAACUGAAAUCAAUAGUGCCACGGACAACCCUAUGGUGUUUGCUGAAAGAGCAGAGACCAUUUCUGGAGGAAAUUUUCAUGGUGAAUAUCCUGCAAAGGCUCUAGACUAUUUGGCAAUUGGGGUGCACGAACUCGCUGCAAUAAGUGAAAGAAGAAUUGAGAGGCUCUGCAACCCCUCGCUCAGCGAACUGCCUGCAUUUUUAGUCACGGAAGGAGGUCUGAACUCUGGCUUCAUGAUUGCACACUGUACAGCAGCUGCCCUGGUUUCUGAGAACAAAGCCUUGUGCCACCCCUCUUCUGUGGAUUCUCUCUCAACCAGUGCUGCUACGGAGGAUCACGUGUCCAUGGGAGGAUGGGCUGCAAGAAAAGCUUUGAGAGUUAUUGAACAUGUGGAACAAGUUCUGGCUAUUGAGCUGCUUGCAGCCUGCCAAGGCAUUGAAUUCCUACGCCCUCUGAGAACGACAACGCCAUUGGAGAAGGUCUACGACCUUGUGCGCUCCGUUGUGAGGCCUUGGAUGAAGGAUCGCUUCAUGGCCCCAGACAUUGAAGCAGCUCACAGGCUGCUCGUGGAGCAGAAGGUGUGGGAAGUUGCUAAACCUUACAUUGAAAAGUACAGGAGGGAACACAUCCCUGAAUCGAGACCCAUUUCACCAACAGCUUUCUCCCUGGGAUCGCUGGAAAUGAAUACGGGUGUUAGUCAUGACCACAGGCAUCAGGAUGAACUUUAA